GCUCUAUUUUACUGAACUAUAUAUUUUUAAUUGAGAUAUUGUUAUAGUAAAGGAAAAGUAAGAAUAGUAUGGAAUUUGUAAACAAUCCUUCUUCCUAUUGACCUUUUUAAAGUACACAGGAAAUUGUGGUUGCGAUUUAAAUGGUUGCAGCUUUUACUACUAACCUGAUUCGGAAAUCUCUGAAAAUCAUGACAAUUUCAUUACACCACGUUGGUAAAAACAACCAGACUACCUUGCAUCUCCUUUUCCUCACCUACUGAUGAGUACACAUCUACAGUGUAUAGUCACAACAUUUCUAACAUAUAUUUUACUCCCUUUCCAUGCUUACCUAUUUUAGAAAGUUAUUGGUUUGGUGUAAGUUGGUUUCUUUUUUAAACACUUGUGUCUUAACACUCAUUAUUGAAUCCAAAAUAUACUUCAAAGCAUUGUUUUUUGGACAGUCAAGAUGAUCAGGCUUUAGGAAUCCAAUACUGCUACUCUAAUGCCUUUAUCAUGUUUCCACACUGCCUGACUUCCUGCUUUUUCUAUGAGUAGAUAUCCUUCCCCUAUCAUCGGUACUUUCUGAAUUUCAGAGGUUAAAAUCUGCAUUUAGCUUGAUGUCUUUCACCCACCUCUGCCUCGGAAAGAGGUGGACUCAUAAAGCUGGGAACUUGUGUCUUCUCAAGGUCCUUGAACAAGCUCAGAGACAGGAAGAAAGGGACAUAUUUUUGUUGUACCUCAAGUGGUAUAACAAGACAGAGGAACUUAAAAUAUUCUGCAACAGACAAAGUAACCCCCAAGCAACACAUCCACGCCUGUUGUAGAAUUAAUUUGUUCCUGAAUUUCAUAUUUGAUAUUGCUUUUUCUGAAGACCAGUAUAUGCCACACGUUAGCUGAAGUAACUACUGACCUCAUAAGGUGGUCUGGACCUUUUCAGUGCGACAGUUGUAUUAAUGAAACAAAUAAUUCUGAAAAAUCGUGCACUAGUUGUACUACUGGUUGAAGCACACAAACCAAACCAAGCAGCUGCGGAUCUGGCAGGAGAGCAAACCACAAUCUGGUGCUGCAGAUGAGGGAGAUCCAUAGCCUUUCAGAAGAAAGUUGCUGCCUUUGUAAUGACAGCUGUUGCCCUCUGAGAAGUUGUCCUGGAAGCAGUGUAACAAGGCCUCUCCUCACUCAGAUUUGCCUCCCACAUCUGCCUCGGUGAAUGCUUUCUGUGCCCUGCCUGUCUGCAGGUCCUCCCAUUCUGCAGAGCAGUGCUCAGACAGCCCCUCCUGGCCUGGCUCAGCCAUGGUGUGGGCAGCAGGAGCAGGGCAGUGACCGUCCCCCUGUGCUGGGCACUGCUGAGGCCACUCCUCCAAUGCUGUGCUCAGUUCUGGCCCUCACUGCAAGAAAGACCUUGAGGGGCUGGAGCGUGUCCAGAGAAGGGCAGCGGAGCUGGGGAAGGGUCUGGAGCACAAGUGCUGUGAGGAGCAGCUGAGGGAGCUGGGGGUGUUUAUCCUGGAGAAAAGGAGGCUCAGGGGAGACCUCACUGCUCUCUACAACUGCCUGAAAGGAGGGGGCAGCCAGGUGGGGGUCGGCCUCUUCUGCCAGGUAACAAGUGACAGAACAAGAGGACACAGCCUCGAGCUGCAUUAGGGCAGGUUUAGGUUGGACAUCAGGAAAAGCUCUUCACAGAAAGGGUGAUUAGACAUUGGAAUGGGCAGUCCAGCGAGGUGGUGGAAUUGGACGUGGCACUCAGGGCCGUGGUCUGGUUGACAUGGUGGUGUUCAGGUACAGGUUGGACUAGAUGACCUCAAGAGGUAUUUUCCAACCUGAUUGAUUCUGUGGUUCUGUGACUCCCUCCGCUGUCCCCGCCGCCUCAGCGUCUCUUUUGUCACGCCUGCCUCCCUCUCCCGCAGCGCCCAGACACCCCCCAGGGCAUCCCCCGGCUGCCUUUCCCUCGGGACAGAGCCCAGCGAGGGGCUCCUCUGCCUGGGGACGGGCUGAGGAGACCACUGCUGUGGCAGAACACUGCAGCGCAGCCGCGCAUCUGUCCCCAGGGAGGGAAAGAGAGCUCUCGGCGGGCCCGGGGCAGGUUCGGCCGUGGGCCGGAGCGGAGGGGAAGCGGCGGCGGCGCGGCCGUGAGGGGGAGCGGGGCCGGGGCGGGGCUUCCAGCGGGGACGGCACAGCUCGCCGGGGCUGGCGGCGGCGCCAUUUUGAACUGGCUGAGGGUCGGAGGCGGCGGCUGCCGAGCAGGGCUCCGCGUCCCCCGAGGGAGAACCCGCGAGGAAGGAGCGGAUAUGGCCGCGAAUAGGAACUUGAAGCAAGUGCGGAUCGAAAACAGCUCCCCAGCCGCGCCGCUGGGCAUGGUGGGGGGUGGCGGCGGCGGCAACCUGAAAGGAUUGCGCGGCCUAGAAGCGGAGAGUGAGGCGGCGGCGGCCAUGGCUCUGGCGCCGAGCAAAGAAGGUGGCAGAGAUGAGGAGCAGGAGGUUGGCUUCACCAUCGAUAUCAAGAGCUUUCUCAAACCUGGCGAGAAGAGCUACACGCAGCGUUGCCGGCUGUUCGUGGGGAAUCUGCCUACUGAUAUCACCGAGGAGGAUUUCAAGCGCCUUUUCGAGCGCUACGGGGAGCCCAGCGAGGUCUUCAUCAAUCGGGACCGUGGCUUUGGCUUCAUCCGUCUGGAAUCUAGGACCCUGGCUGAAAUCGCAAAGGCAGAACUUGAUGGUACUAUUUUGAAGAGCAGACCACUUCGAAUUCGAUUUGCUACCCAUGGAGCUGCGUUAACUGUGAAGAAUCUGUCCCCCGUGGUUUCCAACGAGCUGCUGGAACAGGCGUUCUCGCAGUUCGGGCCGGUGGAAAGAGCGGUGGUUGUAGUGGACGAUCGUGGCAGAGCUACGGGGAAAGGUUUUGUAGAGUUUGCAGCAAAACCUCCAGCACGGAAAGCUCUAGAAAGAUGCAGCGAUGGAGCGUUCUUGCUUACAACAACACCUCGACCUGUUGUUGUAGAACCAAUGGAGCAAUUUGAUGAUGAGGAUGGACUCCCUGAGAAGCUAAUGCAAAAAACACAACAGUACCACAAGGAAAGAGAGCAGCCCCCACGCUUUGCUCAGCCUGGAACGUUUGAGUUUGAGUACGCGUCACGGUGGAAGGCUCUGGAUGAGAUGGAAAAGCAGCAGCGGGAACAGGUUGACAGGAACAUUAGAGAAGCCAAAGAGAAACUUGAGGCAGAAAUGGAAGCAGCUAGACAUGAACAUCAGCUAAUGCUGAUGAGGCAAGAUCUCAUGCGUCGUCAAGAAGAGUUGAGGCGCUUGGAAGAGCUUCGAAACCAAGAACUUCAAAAACGCAAGCAGAUACAGCUGAGACAUGAAGAAGAACACAGACGCCGUGAAGAAGAGAUGCUACGCCAGAGGGAACAGGAGGAAUUACGACGACAGCAGGAGGGAGGAUUUAAGCCAAAUUUCAUGGACAAUAGAGAACAGGAAAUGAGAAUGGGUGAUAUGGGUCCUCGUGGAGCAAUAAACAUGGGAGAUGCGUUUAGCCCAGCACCUGCUGGUAACCAAGGCCCUCCUCCAAUGAUGGGUAUGAAUAUGAACAACAGAGGAACUUUACCUGGCCCUGCAAUGGGUCCUGGUCCUUCCAUGGGACCAGAAGGAGCUGCAAAUAUGGGAACACCAAUGAUGCCUGAUAAUGGAGCAGUGCAUAAUGAGCGAUUCCCUCAAGGAGGCCCAUCCCAGAUGGGUUCGCCUCUGGUUAGUAGAACGGGCUCUGAAACGCCUCAGCCGCCAAUGAGUGGUGUAGGUGCCGUGAGUGGUGGACCUGGUGGCUUUGGUAGAGGAAACCCAGGGGGCAACUUUGAAGGACCUAACAAGCGUCGCAGAUACUAAAUCUCAAUUCAUUCCUUACUGUUUUAGAAAUUCCAGUAAAAUUAUACAGUGAUAUGCCUUUAUAAUUUUAGCUGUUAUCUGGAAACGGUUCUAUUGUUAUCGUAGUCUUUAAAACAGUUUAUUUUGUAAAACUUUUUUUGUAUUCAGUUAUAGGCUUUGUAGUAUAGAGCAGAAAUGAUGUGGAUCAUUAUGUAAGGCAAUGUGUUUGUGACUAGCAAAAUACAAUGUGUGACUAUGCUGUAAAACAUGCAGUUAUCUGAUUACAAUAAAAAAAAUCACUGGAAAGGAUUUUGGGAAUGUUAUUACUAAUACUGAGUAAGAAUAAUUUUAUGCUUAAUUUUAAGUGGCAUCAUUUUCAUUUCUACAUAGUUUCUACUAUGUGUCAAGAAUGUUCCAUUCUUAAUAGUGAGUGUUUAGCUAAACUGCAUGGUGCAGUACAUACUAUGAAAAAUACAACUGCUUUUGUUUUGACUUUCAAAGAGCAUAAAUUUUUAUACAAAGUGUUCUCAAAGAUACUGUCCUUGCAUCUCAACCCACCGUUGCAAACUUAGUCACAGUAAGAGGUUAUCAACAGAAGUUAUCUGUUUAAAAAUUAUUAGAAAAUUUAACUUGGAGAGGGAAAAAAACAACUUUGGAAAGGAAUUUCUGUGUAUGCUUUAUUCAUGACAGUAUGAGUGAGUUUACCUAAACCAUGUUUAUAGAGGAGAAAAUUGGUUGUGACAUCUGUGUGUUCUGCUGAUGGUUAAAGUAUCUUCCAUUACAAGGAACAAAACAUUUCUGCACGCUGGUCAAAGACUUUCCAUUGUGUUUGCGCAUCAUUAUUAAUAAGUAUACAUUUCCCCCAAUGGUUGGUUUGAAUAAAAACACAUCUGUUAUCAAUGAGUAGCUGUUUCAUUAGGAAGCAAAUACAUGUUUUCCAGCAAAAGUAAAUGUUUGCUUGUAGUUGAGUAAUAUGCAUUUAGAAGGAUUGCACAUGAGUGUUUUUCUACUACUUGAAUGUAGAAGAAUUCUUCAAAAAAGUAGAAGAAUUCUUCAUAAAGGUUUUACAGAACAAGGAACUUGGAAAACGCCCAUUACAACACAACUCAGGGUAGAUUUGCUGAUUGAGUUUUAAGGUAAAACUGAUAGUAAAGCUAUUAGGAAGCUUAUUAUGAUUCUGUUUUGUCAGUCUUGGAAGAUGGAUGGAAAAGACCUAUUGGUUCUAUUCCUAUAAUGGCAAAUAAGUAGGGUUAUUGGUUGGUUAAUCUUUUCCCUAUGAAAAGUAGUUGUAAAAUAGUAGUGUUCUUUUUUAUUGGUUCACUCACCUUUUCAGAAGUAGACAUUACUAAAUUUUAUCUGCAUAAAUUAUGAUACUAAAUUGGUUAAAAGCUGAUUUGAAAUAACCUGGUGCCCUAAUAACAUCCAAGUGGUGUAUACAUAGCUCAGCAUGAGACACAAGCAGCACAGAGGGUUUGUGUGUGUUACUUGUUAAUGUAGUGGUGAUAUUGGUGGAUUGAAUUUUGAGCAAAUGGUUAACAAGAAAAUGGCAUAAUUGCUGGCAUUUUGGAAAUACACUGUAACUUAAAUUGCCAGUGUGACAUGGCUAAAGAUACCGUUUUCAUACAAUUCAGAAGCUACCUUAGUGUAACUAGGUGUGUAGGUCCUCACUUGUGAAUCUGUACCUGCUAAGCAUUUUCCUUCAGAUUGUCUUAAAUCUUGCUAUUUUUUUGCUUGACUUGAUAAAUGCCACACUUUGUAAUACAAUACUGAGUUACCUUUUGAGUCUGAAAUACUCUUUCCCUGGUAUAUGUAUCAUAUAAUAGCACUCAUUCUUAAAAUAAACCUCAACCAAACUGCAAAUGCUUUUACUUGACACACUGGUCCUAAGUGUAAUGUUCCUCAAGAUUUGGGAAGAUUACUGUUUUUUCACUGCUAUAAACCAGUGCUUGCAUAUGGCAACUAUUUAAGCUCUCUGCUCUAGUGUCCUUUAUUCAGUUAAAAAUACAGUUUUUGUUGGUAACUAGUAAGGUGUCUAAAUAUGAGAUUCCUUUUUUUGUCAUCUUUUCUGCGCUUGUACAUGACUUCUUUUCAGGGAUUGAGGAAGUAUUGGUGUGAAUUGGUAGUUCUCAACUGUAAAGCGGUACAGGGAGUGUUUUAAAUACAAAUUAAACUAGAUUCAAAAAGUAGGUUCAUCUUCUUCAAGAGAAAAGGCUGUGUCAUUCAGGCUUUUCAGCUAGCUCCUCUAUAUUUGUUUAGCUAUGUAAACACUCCUCCUUGUAGUAUUUGAGUAUGUUUGAGAAGAACAUUAAAUAUACUGAAUCUGCAAAAGUAGUUCAUACUUUCGAUGCCAGCUUCAUGAUAUUUUAAGUGCAUGUUUGUUGCACUGUGUUUUUGGUAGCAAAUGGAGAUAUGCAUGUAUUUGGAAGCUAUUGUAAAUUUUAUUUAACAUUAGUGAUUGUCAUUCCACAGUUGUGACCUGCCCUUCCUGUAAGCCUCUGACUUGGAUUGCUCUGCUGCAUGGUAGCAGUGGAUUUGUCAGCUAUCCUUACUGCAGAAAAUAAUUUAAUUUAUUUUUAUAUGUCCAUGAACCAAGUCCUAACAAAUAAAUACUGAAAUUUUUUUUUGGCAGAUUGUAAAGCGUUAAUGAAGACUGCCUUUUGUAGCUGAUGACAUGCUGCUAAGUUCAGCUCUUAAAAGUUUUCUUUGGGCUGCCUGGCUCAACUCUAAAGGCAAUGCUUCUUAUUUUGCCAAAUGUGGUAGUAACUGAUCCUAGCUAUACAAUAAACACCUGAUUUUGUUAAAAAAGGAAUAAUCCCAAAUUGUUUCCUAAAAAUGUGUAGAUGUGGCAAAUCCAUGCCAUUUUUGCAUGAAUGUUCUGCUAAAGUGAUUUAAUUUUUCUUGUUCCUCAUCAGGUUUAUCAGUUUAUCAUUUUUUCUGUGUACACAUGUACUCAGAUUUUAAACUACAUUUGCACUGUUUGACUGGAGAGCACAGUGAAGUCCUGACUCUCUGCUAUAUGGUAUGCUAAAACAUGUAUGGAAUAUAUGGAAUUUGCCAAUUACAGUGCACUUUUGUAAUGUUCUUACUGAGCUUUUACAUUAUUCCUGAAGUUUCAUAUUCUUAAACUGCUGGAUUUUCCUGUGAGAUACAAUUUGGUAUGUUAAAACAUAACAAAGCUUUACUAUUCCAUUUAAGUUAAACACUGUUCUGACCAAUGUGCUCAUUAUAUAAAGCACGUUGGUAUCUUAGGAAACUUGGUGGCAAUCCUAAUAUACUGCACUGUAUUUGUCUCCUAAGAAAAUCACUGUGAACUACUGUAGAUUACCUAGAAAGAAAACUGAUGUGCAGUUAUUUAUUGUCUAUGGUUUUUUUAGGCAGUUGUACGUAAAGAUAUAAUAAGCUGGAGAUUCUUAUGAGAAUAAAAUUUAAAAUAGAUGUCAAGAAGACAAUAUGAACUAAGCACUGAAUUAAGUUAACUUUUGGCAUAAUCCAGUAGGAUUUUACUGUAUGCGUUCUUUGAGGAGCAUUCUGAUCUAAAGUAUGCUGCCACAUUUUAAAUGUUUCAAAUUCAAAUACCAAAUUCAUUUCCCUCUUUUCCACUCUUUAUUUCAUAUGUAGAAUAAUUUGUAAUUAAAAAUUCUUUGAAAGGUACUAAACACACAGUGACAUUUAUGAAAUACGUGUUGUUAAACAGUUGCAAUCUAUCAUGAGAUAACUUGGCUCAAAAUAACCAAUAACUUGGCUGAAAUAACCAAUCUAAAGGCAGAUUCUCAAGUAAAAACCAAAACCCUAUAGGCCUUUUGAAGGGAGAAAAUACGCUUGGAAGUGAGACGUUCAGCAGUUAACUGGUGUGCUCUGGUGGCAUGAAGUUCAUUUUGCUUAAUUAUGUUGCAGAAAAAAAAUUCUUUGCAUACUUCCUAAUUUAUCUAUUUUUAAUAAGAAGUUGGAUCAUUAUUUUUCCCUUCAUCAGUCAAACUAAAGUGUAAUUGAACUACUAAAAUAGCAUGAAAGGCAGGGUAGCAGCUAGAGUCAGUUUAUGUUGGACCACAAAUGUGCAGGAGUUCUAAAUCCCAUUCCCGAAAUUUGAAGUGAAUAUCCAUGGGUAGUUUUAGAGUCUGCAUGCAGCAUCUGUUGUCAGCUUGUGGCCAAGAAUGGGUAAGGGUUAGGAAUGGGACUUCAGAGACCACAUACUUCCAAUGCAAUUUAAUUGCCUUCUCAGGAGCCCUCAAAUUAUUAAUAUGGGUGCUGUGCUGUUACUAAGAUGCUCAUCUUGGAGUUUGGUGCUUUCCUUGGGCUGUUAGCUCCUAGUGUGAGAGAAUAUCAGUCCAAACUUUCCCGAUUCAUGAGUGGUAAGGAGGAGGGAGUGAGUGUGGCCUAUCGGAAGGUGCAGAGGGUGGACAUUACUGCCUUAGACUGUUGGCUAUUCAGUGGGAGUUUGAUGGCAAAUGUAGAACUGUAGUAACCUGAAAGCAUUUGCUUGCUUAAAAAUUCACUUACUGAAACGUAAGAACUUAGUAACAAAAAGAGGAUUGACUCAAAACUUGUAAUACCUAAUGUCAGGUAUAAUUUUUCCCAUUGGGUUGUUUUUAUGUUACCUUAUGUUACCUUGACAGAUAUACUGUAAAGUAGUUUUAGCAAUCUCAUCAGUUUAGUGUGUUUUGUUUAGUUUUGGGUGUUUUCCUGUAAAGUAUUUUAAAAAUUGUAGCUGUAGGCAUUUUAGCUGUGUUUUCACAGUAAUCCAUGAAAUACCAAAUCUAGUUAUAAAAUAGUCUAAAAUGUUAUUUGUAGAAUAAAUAAACUAACAUGAAAUGUUCAUGAAAAGAAUAUUUUUUAUGUUUUUAAAUGCACGGAAACAAACCCCUAUAUGUUUAUUUUCAGUGGGAUAGAUUUAAUAGGUCUUUUCCAUCUUGAACUUCCUUAAGAUACUCUGAAAGUUAAUAUAAUUGAAAUUUGGAGGCAUCCUUAUUAAUGAUGUCAGCCUGACUUUUAAAAGCAGUGUGAAGUUUCUUCUGUUUGGAACAGCAGCCCUUUUUUCCUAAUUGAAGGAACUAUUCGGAAAAUCAUUCAGAGAUAAGCAAAGCAUACUUAAAACUAUUAAAAACUAUUUAAAAACUCCUCUGCUCUAAUGUAAUGAUAAUUAUACACACAAAUCACAUUGAAAGAAAAAAAGCAACUUGUAAAUGUGGGUAAAAACUGAAGUGAUUUGUAGGCGGUCCCUUGAGUGGAGAAUAAAAUGCUCAUAAUAAGAGGUAUGAGAUUCAUGAGGAACCGGACUGUAUUACUACAUACACAUGUGGAUAAGGUUUUUCCAUUUGUUUGGGUAAAUGAUUUGUCUAGAGCUUCCGUUGUUCCUAGAUUUACUAGUGUGCUGUUAUAUCUCAGUUUUUGUAGAGUAAAGCAUAGCUGUAUAAUUUGAUUGAAUUUACAUGCUAAUUGUAUGUGGGACGUUAAGUGCUUGACUUGAAAGAAUUGCAGUGAGAAUAAAGAUACUGUGGUUGACUUGGAGUAAAAGCUGAGUAGAUCCUUGAACAGGAAUAAAUGUGGAGGGUCCUCUAUGUAAAUUGAACAAAAAAAUGGGAGUGAGGGAAUAAAGUAACAUAAUAAAAGUGAGAAAAGUGUGGUUUUAUUUUAUAUCUACAGCACAGUCACAAAAAUAGCUUUUAAGUCUUUCUCCACAUGAAAACCACAAGCCAACUAAUUUUUAAUAGAAGAGGUGGAAAUACCUAUUACAUUCAUGUCUUGGGUUUUUUGAACUAAAUUUAGUUUUGUGCAUAUGGCCAAGGAGUAGCAGAAAAACUGAAAUGAAUUAAUGUUCUAAAAAUUUUUUUGAUAUUCUUGGGUUCUAGGGUGGGAUCAUAGCAGUUGGAGAUAUCUCUUCUGUGUUGUUUUUAUGAAGCUGUUGUGUAGGACUUGAUUUUGUGGCUGAUUAUAGCAACUGUAUACAGCGUACACACACCGUGUAAGUAUGUAACAGCUGAUUUUAAAGUCAUUAGCCUCUCAUCAAAGUGAGAAUCCAGUCUUAAACCUGAGUGCAUCAUAGACAGAGAAGCACCAAACAGAAGACCAUGGUAAAGGAAUAUCUGUUAAUAGUGAUGGAAUGGGAUUAAGGUAUUUUCAUUAAUUUUUUGCUUUAAUUCACUGUAAUCAUUUUUUUGUGUGUGUGACAGUGAAACUAAUUUUAUUAUCAGUUAAUACGUGAAAGAAAAAAUUCCCACCAAAACACCUCUGCAAAAAAAAUCCCCAAAUCCUAAAUACCUCAGUGUACAACCCAACCCCAAUCAAAAUAUGUUUACCCACUUUAAAUAACCAAUAUACUUAAGUAAGGUGGAAGAGAAAUCUAAAAAGAUGUAAAAACCACAAGUAAUUCUUUUUGAAUCUGUUAGCUCUCGAUGUUCUGGUCAUUUUAAAGUGUUGCUUUUAAAAAAAAAGUUCCAUUACUGUUCAUUAUUUGUUAUGAGAGGAUUUAUUCUACUAAAUUUACUUAUUGUUACUAAGUUGUAAAUAUUUUGUAUAGUGUAAAAUUGUACAAAAAACACUGCAUAAACCAGCUAUUGCAGUAUGAUAGAAUGCAGUCUUUGAACUGCCAGCUGAAUUGAUCUUCCAGGCUGCUUACAAAUGUUUUAAAUAUUUGUAUGCUAAUGGAAAUUCGAAAUAUUUGUGUGCAUAUUUAAAAUAAUCCACUCCAUGCCUUGCUGCAGAUAUGAAUAGCCUUUUGCCCUCCUUGCUGCUUGGUGCUGGUUCCUCUGUGUCCCCAGCAGUGAGCGGGAGAUGCAGUGAGAGUUAUCGAUUCUGCUCAUUUCAGUGUGGAAGGAAAGAAGAGUAAGGAGGGCCAGUAGAGCAAGACCCUUCAUACCUCUGCAUACAUAGGAUAAUUUGUGCUGCAGACACAAAAUGUAGUUUAUUAAAUGUUCUCAUUAAGUGACUUGGAAGAAAUACAUAGCCUAGAACAAAUGGGUGAGAAGCAUGUUGAGGACUUCAGAUAUCUGAAUAACACGGUUAUGGUUUACAUUCCUGGUGAUAGUUGGUCCAAGAGGGCGAGUAUUUCAAGCAAUGAAGAAAAAUGUACACUAAAAUGUUGAGCCAAAUUUUAUGUGAGCUUGAUCUGUCUGUUCAUUUUCUGCAGUUACCAAGAAGGUUACAUGCAAGCCAGUAAAAAAAUGGAAAAUAGUGUUCUUCGUGAUUUCUCCAGGAGAGAUGAUACACACAGUUGCUUUAAAAAGAAGCAAGAUUAUUCACAUGUACUUUUUCUUGGAAGAAAAGAUAUAAACUGCCAUUACAAAGAUGGGAAAUACUGUCUUUUAAAGUGCUAACAUUCUUCAUUCUUUGACUUGAUAGCACUGUGCUGUUCCAUAUAUUAUGUUCCACUUUUAAGGGAGAGAGCAUGUGAAAGGUAAGCCACAGCUCCAGUUUUAACUUCAAAUAAAAAGCUUUUUCCAGAAGACACACCUGUAAUAAUGAAACAAUAGUUCAUCUUCAGUUUUUUGUUUUAGUGUGGAACAUUGUGUUUCUAGAACUUCCAGCAUUGUACCAGUAGCAGUUCCACAUCUGACAUUUUCAGAACCAGAGCCGUGCCAAAUCAUACAAAUAAAGUUUUUGCCUUAGUGUAUGAAGAGUGCAAUUACUGCAAUUCAAAAGCUGAAUGUUCAGAGUUUUGAAAGAAAAUGUAUGAAAGAAUUGUUAUCUAUUGACUUGCUGGUUUAAAAGUGACAAUUGUCAACCUGGCAGCAGGGAUGGCUGUACUUCUAAAAUUAUUUUGGGAUAUGUGUCAGUUUAUUAUUGCCAUGUUAUACUUUGUGUAGUUUUUGUAAUACCUCUUAAUGCAUGUUUGGCAUCAGUCUUGCAUCACACUUGUGUAGUUUCAUAUAUUAUUCACACUGAUGAAUGCAACUGUCUGUAGAUGGGGGGUACCAGAGCAUUUGUGUAGUAUUAUGUAACUUGUUUAAGAGGAUUUUUCAUUCAUAAGUUUGUUUUCUGUCGUGUAUUUACUCUGCAUGUUCUGAGCAAGAUACACUUUUUCUGCUUUAUAUAGGGGAAAAAGUAGCAAGUCAUGAAAAAAUGUUUAUUAGGAAAGUAAAUGGAAGUCCUGGAUGCUUCUUACUGCUUCUAAAAUGACAGCUGACUCAAGAGAAUAAAAUCACUUGGUAUACUUUCUGCAUGAUUAUUCUAGACUUUUUCCUGCUUACAGCACACUUAAUUAUUCAAGGUUAAAAACAAAAUGUUUAAUUUCUGUCUGAUUUUAAUCCUAAGCAUUUUUACAGGCCAGUAAAUUAAGCACAAAUGUCUUGAUAUUUGCUCUGAACAGUACUCUUAACUUCCCAAGUUGUAUUAAACAUAAAGAAAAAUAAUUUUUUGAGAUUCAUAGUUUAAAAUACUGAAUCAGCCAGUCCCCUGGGGCUAGGGGUGGAGAAAGCACGGAUUUGUGGAGAAAUCUACUCUUGUUUUCAGUUGCAUUAUAUUCCUGGCCAUGCAUUUUUUACUCUUUACAUUAGAACCAUUUGUUAUGAAGGUUUAAAAAGAAAUAUAAUUUAUCGUAUUUUAUCCAGUUACAUUCAUUGCUACAUUGUAAAAAUAGAAUUGGUUAGUUUAGGCACAUUUACUUUACUGGAGAUCAUGGCAUGUAGUAUAAAUAUCAGAAAUAGUGUAAUUCAAGUGUUGGCAGUUACUGAUGAUAUGUUGUUGUGCCUUUAAGCCUAGUUGGAUAAAAGCUGAUACAUAUUGAGCAUAACGAUGCUUUAGAACUUGGUGGCCAGAACCUUGAUGCUGCACUUGCAUUUCUGCUUUAUUGCUGUGGUAAUCACAAAAAUACUCACAGGUAUGAAAGUGUUCAUCUAGAUACAUGGGGGAGGGUGAAGGAUUGAUUAUUGUAUGUUGCUUGCUUCUUGAGGUCUUUUGUGGGAAAACUGGUAUUGUAGAAUCUUCUUUAUAUAAUUGCUUAAAAUUUUACUAUUUUUUAAAUUGUCUGGUGUAUUUAAAACUGUCCAGUGUGAAGGAAGCCAAAUGGUAUAUCUUCAAAGAUUGUGGGAAAACUAUUUCACUAGAAAUCUUACUUGACCUCUAAAGCUUUUACUGGUUUGACACUGAGGACAUAGUGUCUUAACUCAAACCUCACACCACAAGUAUUGGAAAUUGUGCAAGCUUCUGUCAAGCUUUAGAAGUGAUGUGAGCAUGUCAGGUGACAUACUGACUGUAGGGUUGGGUCAAAUCAUUCAUAUUUGAUGCUUGUCACUGGCCUGCUCUGGUUAUCCUAAUCCAUUCCUUUCAGGAUUUUAUUUCCUUUUCUGUACUCUAGGUUUUCUUUUGUUGUAAAAGGCUUUAUGUUUUCCUGAUGAUGUGGAAGAUUUGAGCUGUAUGAAACUUUAUUUGGGGGCUCUAACACUAAACCUGAUGGAAAUGGUUUAAAGUAAGGGAAGGAUGUCAGAUGCGCAGUAAAAAUUAGUUCUAUCUAUGAUUUGACAAGUUAUUACCUCUUCAUAUGUAUUUUAUUAGUAUAUAUAUCAUGUAUGUAUUCUUAACCUGUUGUGCCUUUAAAAAGGAUUUAUGUCUUUUUCUAAGGGAAGGAAAAAUUGUUGUGGAUUAAUUUAAUUUCAUAGUUUCUUCUUUGUGUAAUUACACAAGAAUUAAGUGACAGAGUGCAUGAGAACUUCAUAGAUAGUUACCCUUUUUGAACUCACAGAUGUGUGCAAAUACUAAUACAGAAAACUAAAAGUAGAUAAGUGCUUUUCAUGGAUUUACAGAAUGGGGGGGAUAGUAUUGUGGAAAAGCAGGAAAAUGUGGCUUGAUCUCAUCUUUCACUUUGCAGCCUUUAAGAAUUUGGAAACUACCACAGAAUAAAAGACCCCGAAUAUGGCUCUUAUAAACCUCAUCUAAAACUCUUAAAUGUUGUUUUGGAGUUCUGCAAUAAACAAAACUAGUUCAGUGUAAACAUUCAAAUAAAAUACAUGCUUUAAUGGAAAAAGUAAUUCUGAAAGCCUGUGUUUUAUUAAAAUGAGUAAUGUUAUUGGGGACUUAGGUGUAUUUACUUGUGUCUUUACUUUUUGACUACAUGACGUUAAAGGAGCAGAGGUGAAAUUAUAGACAUGCAGGGAAAGGCUAAAUAUACGGGACAAAAUUUCCUGGGAAAGGACUGAAGUUCAAAUAUGUGUAAAUGAAUUACCAUUGCUUCCAGCAGAGGACUUCUGUCAUGCAUUCAGAGAGCUCCUGCUUAGAAACAGGUGUUGCCCAAAUCUUAUCCUGUUCUUAUGGCAGGAAAAUGUCAUCUUUGCCUUGGUUGUGACAAACCAAGAACAGGAUUAACAGGAUUUAAGUUUAUGAAGAAAAUAUGUGCAUGGCUGAAGAGUAGGCAUCUUAGAUAAAUUUAUCUGCUGAGUUGGUAUGUGUACAGCUGCAUGAUUGUCACAGCCUUCCCAGGACUUGGAAGUUGGUAAUGCCUUUGGUUGUUUCAGCAGUUGCUUCAUGUGCCUCAGUUAAUAAAUGAGCUUCAUUUGAAAUUCAUUUGAAAUUCAUUCAUGGCUGCAUGGAUGCUUCUCAGUCAUCUUUUCUGCUUAGCAAAUUCUCUUGGGUAGUGACAGCCACUGCAGUUGAGGGUUGAGAGUGGUGCAGUCAUGGGAUGCUUAAAUCAGCAUUUGCUCCUAUCAGCUGCAGUCGUCUUAGUUGAUACCUGUUCUGUCAUUACCGUGCACUUCCAAAUACUGCUUUUCACUAAUGAAAGAUGUGUUCUCAGUGAGGUACUGAUCUGAGCAAGUUUGAAUAGAGAUUUAAGCAAAUACAGAAAAUACAAACUAGAUUUGUACUGUCAAUGAGACAAAUUCCUUUAAUAAUUCCAGGUGUGGUCCAGAAAAUAAUCUCUUGGAUGGUUCUGAUUCCCAAAGUUUGUAAUAAAGAAACUUGGAUUUUGUUCUCCAUUUUCUGAGGUUCAUCUUUAAACUGGACUUCUUCAUUUAUUUUAGCUUUCACAGCUUGAUGUAAACUAGAGCCCUUCAAACUUUAUGCGUAAAUGUACCCUGUCAGAGCAUACUCAUCAGUCAGGUGCUGAUCAGAUGCAAGAUUUUGCAGAGUCCAGAAUGAAAGUAAGUUGACCAAAAUAAAUUGUUAAAUAAGAUAGAAGUAAAGUUUUACGAGAAGACCAGAACAAGAUUGAGCAGAAUAGGAGAGCAGACAGCACUGAAGGUGUCUGUAAAAAGUAGUGUGAAAGAAUCUGAUAACAUGUACGUGUACUGUUAAUCGUUCAAAGAAAUGGAUGCAUCCUUAUGCAGAACUUCAGUUUGAAAUGCAGAUUUCUUUCUAGAAGCUGCUGCUUGCUUAAGUGGAGUUUCUUUUCAAGACAUUGCAAGUAAUGUUUGUAGUGUAUUAGAAUGGAUGUUUUUUACUUGUGUACAUUAAAAGUCACAAACAGGUAACUGAAGUAACAGCUUUUAUGUUUUAGUGUGUGUGUGUGUAACUAUUUUCUCGUUAAUGUGUUGAUAUUUACAAAUUUGGCACCCAAAAUAAUUUUGAUAGCUUAUUUGUAAAUUAAUAUUUUUAAGGUGAGAAUUAUAGUGUGAGCUUGCUUAUUGAAAUCUGAAUGAGCCAUGAUGAAAAACAGCACCAACAAUCAGUCUCUGAUUAAAAAUGCUUAGUUUUGAAUAUGAUGCCACAUUACUGCUUUUGUAUAUAAGAUGAUCUCAAAAGGGAGUUCCCCACUUCUCACAAUGUGGUCUUGGCCUAGUCCUGUGCAAAGGAGUGUCGUCACUGAGGCCUACGCUUUGCUCUCAAGUGAAGAAAGCGGUAACCAGCUGGAGUGCCUUUAAGGGGGUACAUGGUGGAAUGGUGGAUAGUAUUCCUAACACUCACUAAGAUGCCUGAUCUGUUAUUCAGACUUGAAAUUAUUUCUAAUAGAGUGCUCUUCAGUCCUCUUUGCCAUGUGUUAGUAGGUGUUUGCUUUGCUCACCAUAUGACAGCUGAGCUUAAAGCUUUUUAAAAAAUAUUUGAUAUUAAGUUAGAAAGCUAUUUCACUUUGGGUAGGAAGAAUAGCUUUAUCUUGCAGGUAGUAGUGACUUCUGCUAAAAGAAGGAUUGCUAUAGAUAGAAUGUACAGCAUUCUAUGGUACUGUAAAGCUGAAAUAAAUCCUGAUAGUGCAGCAUGAGCUCUAUGUCCAGUUGUGCAAAGAAAGGAUGAAAAGCCAAGUUUGGGUCCCAGGCAGUACAAGAGUAGCAAAUAGAGAAAUGGUUCCUUUAUUCAACAUUGCUUUGUGGGUUUUUUCAGAAACAGGUAAGUCAUAUGUUAGUAUACCAAUAUGGGGUAGAACAUCUGCAGGAUACCCUGCAGUUUAUUAAUGCUGUUUGUUGUCUUUGUCUUGAAAUACAGAUUCCAUUUCCUGUGUAUUUCAAAUCUAAUGUAAGAUUUUCUGUUUUCUACCAAAUAUGGUUUUAUUAUGGUGGAAGUCAGAAGUUGGUAUUCUGCAUUUGUUAUAAAGUAAUCUGAGAUGGAAGUUGUCACCCAGUAGAGUUAAUACAGGAAGGAAAUUAAUUAAUUGCACAAAGAAUCACAAAUCUUUUGACAGGACCAGAGGCAAUGGGUACACACAGAAACACAAAGGGUUACUUCUGAGCAUCAGGAAACAUUUUUACUAUGAGGGGUGACCAAGCACUGGCACAGCCUGUCCAGAGAGGUUGUGGUGUCUCCAUUCUUGGAGAUGCCAGAAGCCAUCCUGGAUGUGGUCCUGGCCACUGGCUCUGGGUGGCCCUGCCUGAGCCAAGGAGAUGGACCAGAUGAUCUCUAGAGAUCCCUUCUGACAUUAACACAUCCAUGAUUCUAAGCAAAGCUUUGAAUUUAUUAAACUUAAUAUGAAUGAAUUAACAGUUAAACCCUAUUACAUGCUUAGGUUUUUGAAUUCUUCCUUACUAGGUUUCAUUUCAAUGUAGAUGUAUGUACUGGGUAGUAUUGUUAAAUUUGACAUUUUCAAAGGAAGCAUGUCAAAGAUGAAAGCUCUCAGAGUGAAUGAGGUGUUGUUUGAUAAAGACUGUGUGACCACAUCUUGCCCUGCCCUUCCCCAGCACAGUCUUACGGCUUCAGAGAUUUUAGCCCCACAAAGGUAAUCAGUUCUGCUGUCAUUAUUUUGGAAGAGGAGGUUAGGACACUGGCCUAACUUGGCACCUGCUGCAAUAAUGACAGGUAAGGAACUUUACAGGAGGGAAUGGGGAGCAUUGUGUGAAGUUCUGUAAAGCAGAAUUGCAAACGCUUCAGAAGCUGUGUAUUAGUGAGUUUCACAAUUCCUUAGGAAUACUGGUUUUUUUUUUAAUUAGAGAAAAUUGGCUUAUGCACAGUAUAGGAGGUUUUGUGUGAAACUAGAUUCACCCAUAGGUUUUGGAAGAUCCAAAAUGUCCUCAAACUAGUGAGGUCAUCGCUACUACGUAUAAGAAUUUUUCUGUAAUACAAAGCUUAUGCUGGUUUUCUGCAGUCUCAAAAGUAAGAUAAGAGAAAACUGUCUCUUAGACUUUGCAUAUACACAUUUUUGCUACUUUAAACAAUCCUAAAUUAUUUUGAAAUAAGAAAAUGAGUCUUAAUAGAAGUAUGCCUAUUCAAACAUGGCUAAAAUCUUAGUGGUUCUCUUAACUCCUUGCAUAAGUGUAAAUUUGUUUGCACUGUGUGUAGCACAAUGGUAUCCUGACUUCUGUUAAAGUAGUAGAGUUGUACUGAUCCUACUUAACUCUGCUAGCUGUGCUGGUUGAAUGAUAUCUUGUUUACAGCAGACUUUUCUGAAUCUGUUUCUGUAAUAAACCUCAGAGUUUCCAGAACCUGGCAGAACUAUCUCGUGAAAUGUUAACUGUAGCUUCCAGUGCCAAGUGCAGCAUUUUCAGAUGCUUUUCAUCUGUCAGGUUUCUUAAGUUUUCUUUGAAAAGUCACUUCUAGACAUCAUUUCUAGGUGAAAGAGAUGAUGAGGGUUAAAGGUUAUUCGCUUGUUCCUUCGGCAAUUUUGUACUUUCUAGCUUCCAUGAUAAAGUAUCAGAAAAUGCUCAGAACUUCACGUCUGUAAAAUGUGUCAUGUGAGUUCUGAAUGGAGAAAAUUACACCCUUACUCAGACAUUUUUCCAAGUUGCUCAUCAUGAACACAGUCAUUGAAAGUAAAAAUCUGAACAUUUAAAAUUAUUUCUGCUGCUUCAAUGACAACAUUUGUAGAAUGGGUAAUUAUGAAAAUCAUUGAGCCAGCUAUUCUGGUGCUGCAGUUUCCUCAACUUGAAAUGGGAGUGUCAUAUAGAGGAGGGGGCUGUAUUAAAAAUAUAGAUUUUAGUUGCUGUUUCAUACAGGAUUAUCUUAAUGACUUGGACUACUGCCUCACAGUGCACAAAAUUUUGCAAAAAAAGAAAUAUGUGUGUGUAUAUAUAUAUGUAUAUAUAUAUAUA